AUGAAAAUCCAGUUGUAUCCCCUCAUCAUCAGUGUUCAGAUCCGCUGGCAGCCUUCAUCAGUUCUAACGGUCGUCUCGCACCCAACUGCGCAUGUUCAGGCCGUCAAAUCAAAGCUGUCUGCUAGGCCGCAGUAUGAGAGGAGGAAUCGGCUGCUAUACCUCCUGUUCCUGGUGUCAGCUGGGCUGGGUCACGAGGUCUUCUACAUCACCUUCCCGCCUUGCUUACACUGGAACCUGGACCCCUUCCACUGCAGACGUCUCGUCAACAUCUGGACCAUGGUAAUGUACAUCGGCCAGGCCCAGAAGGCUGUGCUGAAGCUGCCUCGUCCUCUAGCGCCCCCAGUGGUUUAGCUGGAGAAGCGUGUGGACGCUGUGUAUGGCCUUCCCACCACCCACGCCAUGGCCGCCACCACCAUCCUCAGUGUCGCUUCCAGGGUUCAGUUUGAAGUGGGUCUGCUUGUGGCGGUGGUGUUGUCUGUGUAG